AUGGCUCUUUCCAAGCUCAUACUUGCUUCCCUUCUUGCCUCUCUUCUCCUUCUUCAUCUCGUUGAUGCUCAUCAAUCAUCGGUGCAUGCACAAACGCAGACUUCUCUUCUUCAGCAGAUAGACUGUAAUGGAGCAUGCGGUGCGAGGUGCCGUUUAUCAUCUCGUCCACGUCUCUGCCAAAGGGCGUGUGGAACUUGUUGCAGACGCUGCAACUGUGUACCUCCUGGUACUGCUGGAAACCAAGAAGCGUGUCCCUGCUAUGCUACCUUAACCACUCGUGGUGGCAGACGCAAGUGCCCUUAA